GUCAGGGAACUCAGCGUGCAUCCGGGUUUCCACAAUAAAACGCUUCCUGUUCGAGCCGCCGCUGUGCUCAGGUGAGCUCCUCGUGCUCACAGGUACGCGGUGUGUCUCCUUAGUGUCCAGCGCGUGAGACCGGCCCAGGUCCACAUCAGCGGGAUCGAGUCCUCCUGUGACAGUCAGGAUGUCGACCACGUCUCAGAAGCACCGGGACUUUGUUGGAGAGCCGAUGGCGGACAAACCUGUGACGGCUCUGUCAGGCAUCGGAGAGACUCUGGGGAAGAAGCUGGAGGAGAAUGGCUUCGACAAGGCAUAUGUGGUUCUCGGUCAGUUCCUGCUCUUGAGGAAAGACACGGAGAUGUUCACCGAUUGGCUCAAAGACUCCAUCGGCGCCAACUCUCGCCAGGCCAGCUCCUGCGCUCAGUGCCUGAAGGAGUGGUGUGACGCCUUCCUCUGAGGUGCCGCCUCUUCACAAAAACCACACCUGCGUUUGCUCACUUCCUGUUUCGGAGGCUUCUGAUGGCUCUGCUGUUGUUAGGUGUUUGAGGUGGACUUCCUGCAGGAGCGCUGUGAUGUCACAGCGCUCUGCCAGGUGUCUGUUUACCUGUUUCACUGAAGAACGUUUACAUGAAUAAAAGCUUUGUCUCCACGG